UGUCUGGGGAGGUAUGAGGAGAGAAAGUGAGGCAGGGGGUCGACACGGGGAACAGAAGACAGAGCGAGUUACACUGCAGUAGAAUGAGAGUGAAAGAGAGAGGCAGGGAGCAUUCGAGCCGCCAGCCUUUCGCACGCCACCCAGGACCCGUUGCUUUCUGAAGGAGGCAAGAACAGGAAUCCACCGUGGAGGCGAGAAGGAGAAGGAGGAGGGGGGGUGAGGAGGAGGAAGCCAGAGGUUCUACACACAAGAUGGCUGCUGUGUCCUCUGCCUCUGACACUGGGGACUCCAGGGGCCGACACCCUCCCGAGCGCAGACUUCUGCUCCUGGGAGGCCCCCAGUCUGGAAAGACCUCCACCGCCAACACCAUCCUUGGGGACGAGGUCUUCGACGCUGGGACAGAGACCACUCACAGCAACGUGGGGCAGACCGAAAUCUACGGACGGCGGGUCACUGUGGUCGACACCCCGCCAUGGGCCAUCCCCAGUGACACGGACAACAACGCAGAAGCUGACAACAACAACGACAACGCCGGCGCAGAGUCAGACACUCCGCCACAGCCCCCGCCAAGCCUUGACAGCGAGGGUCCAUGCAUGGGAGCCAUCCUCUGCCCUCCUGGACCCCACGCCAUCCUACUGGUGGUGUCGGUUACCCAGCCCUUCACCGACGUACACAGGAGGGCUGCAGAGGACCAGCUGGGGGCCCUGGGUGGAGGGACCUGGAGGUACUCCAUGGUUGUUUUUACAGGGGUGGACAAGCUGCCUAAAGGGGUCUUCAUUGAGGAGCACAUCGCGAACACGGGAGAGUCCCUACAGUGGCUGGUGGAGAGAUGUGGAAGCAGGUACCAUGCCUUUGACAACACUCGGAAAGAGACGGAAGACAACACACAGGUGCCUGAACUGAUGGAAAAAGUGGAGGAGUUGAUCACUGACAACCAAGGAUGGUACUUCGAGGUGAAUGAGCUGAUUUUGCUCGAAGAGGAGCAGGCCAGGAGAGCUCUGGAGGAGGAGAGGAUGAGGAUGGAGGAGCACACUCGACAGAGGGAGCAGAUGAUCGGAGGACCUCCCAGAGAGUUGAGAUUGCUCUUGUUGGGAUGGAAGGGUGUUGGAAAAAGCUCAGUGGGGAACUCCAUCCUGGGUCGUCGGUACUUUGAGUCAGGUCAGGAGACGGAGCUGUGCCUUCGAAGGCAGGCGCUCGUAUCAGGUCGUCGGGUCACCAUCGUCGACACCCCCGGCUGGGAUUGGUUCUCAGUGAGACGAACACCGAAGCGUAUCCGCCAGGAGUCCCAGCGCGGAGCCGCCCUUCUGCGCCCUGGACCCCACACCCUGCUGCUCGUCCUCCCCGUCGUCUCGUCCCUCACUGCCAGGAAGAGGAGGACGCUCCUGGCUCACAUAGAGACUCUGUUUGGUGACAGCGCGUGCCUCCACACCAUGGUGCUCUUCAGCUGUGGUGAUUGGCUGGGUCGCACGCCAAUCGAGGAGCACAUUCUUAGAGGCGGACGGGAGCUACAAAGACUUCUCGAAUAUUGUGGGAACUAUUACCACGUCCUGGACAGUAAGACUCCUGGCAAGGACAGAAGCGUGUCAGUCCUCCUGGACAAGAUAGAGGAGAUGAUCAGAGAGAACGGAGACAAGGCUUUCCUCCCCAUUCAGACUGAGUGGUUGAGUGAGGAGAGCUCCUACUCUUCUGACAACACCGAGCCUGAGGACGACUGCCGAGGAUGCCAGCUACAGUGACAAGGCCACGCCAAAAGAAAAGCAGUUCAGCUUUUCAUCUUUGCUUUGAGUCUUCAAAAGGCCAAAAUAUCACCUCACAUUACUUAAAUCCAAUCAAGAUUUCCUGCUCUGGCUCUGACAUUUCUAAGGAAAACAAAAGCUUGGACCAGAAGUCUCUUUUCCGAGAAGGUUACGACAUAAGCGACUGAUUACUGAGAAAGCUGGACGUGGACCAGAAAAGCAUGUGGGAGACAAAAUAUUCAAAACAUGUAGGUCGAAUCCAAAAGGAAGGGAUACAUUGUUCAUCUUCAGAAGCCAGAGCUCGAUCCCUGUUCAUGAGCAUGUACAUGGACAUCAACUGCUGCUAAACAGACCCUGUUUCAUCACUGCAAAGGAAGAAUACUUCUCUCUACAUUCAGACUGCACUGCUGCAAGUUGGAAUCAUCAUAUCAAAAAGCAAAAAGGAUAUGCCUGAGCAGACGGUAUCAUCAUGAGCUUCAGGACUCAUGUCUGCAGAAGUUUGUCAUUGAAAGACUGAAAGAAAUGUCUAUAUAUUACUUUAUUAAUAAAUUUUGACUAGAUUUAAAAAUAUAGUUAUAUUAUCUACAUAAAGUGCCAUUUCUGUCAUUCAGUUUGAAUUAGUUUGAACUAAAGAAAUUGGUUUGAUUAAUAGAGACCAAUUAAAUAUAAAAUAAUAACAUGGAAAAUGUAAGAAAUGAAGAUAUUGUGUUCUAGAAGUUUUGCACAUUGAUGUGAAAAAGUGGGUAGAGAUUUUAGUCUUAAUCGUGCACCUUUGGAACUGAAACACACAAUGUUGUUCUGAUAUUUCAUGAGUGAUGGUAAAAUGUUUUCAUUAACAUUUGGUUGGUUUCUGCUCAGGGAGUCAGGGUUGAAGUUUUUCCUCCAGGGGAAAAUAUGGAACAUUUACAGAAACACUGAUUAAUGCUGUUGGUAAACUGCAGACAUUAGUCACAUAUAAAUCAGUUUUUUUUUUGUUUUUGUUUUUGUUUUGGGUUUUUUUUUUUGGCGUGUAUUUCUUAUUUGGAAAGUGGAAGUAAAGGGGAAUUAGUGUUUGCACUUUGGUUAUAUCCAUUGGUUCCCUUGUGCUAAGAAGAUAAAUGCAAUCCAUCCAAAGCAGCAGGCACUCAGCAUUUCCUCGUAGCCCUCCUCUGCUGUAGCAUCAUGCACAUGAGUAGCUCUAAAAACAGUCAGGCUGAACCGAAACUGUGUGCAGUCUCAGAUCCCUGCGGAGCAGCUUGGGCUAGCUGUUACUGUUCAUGCAUCCAGUGCAUUUAUCGACAAGGUAGAUUCAGCAACGUGCCUCAGCAUCAAAAGCGUGUGAGUGGGAGUACAGCCCUGCAGAAGGGCAGUAUCCUAUAGGCUACAUCAGGCUUUCGCAUGCUAUUAAAACAACAUAACCUCAUGAAACAUUGGAGCUCACAUAGGGCUUUUCCUACCUUUUCUACAUCAUGGAGACUCCUCUUUCUCACAUUGAUAGUGAUGUUUUGAAAAUCUAAAUAUAUAUUCAACUCUCAGAGGCAUGUUAAGACACCGCAUGCAGAUAAACGAGUGCCUAAAGAGUUGAAGGCAACCUCACUACUUAUUCCUCUAACUCUUGCUUGAGCAGGUCUUUUGGGAAUUUCUGGUACACCAUCGCAUCCUUCUACCUUCAUUGACCAUGUUCACAUGAUGGCCAUUUUACUCUGACAUCAGGAUCAGGCUGAGAAGUUUAAAUGCUAUUCACUGCAAGUUACAAGUGAUAUAAAUGUAUGGUAUCUGAAUUAUCAUUAAGAGAAGAAAUCCUAAAAAUCUGUUGGGUAUAGAGUCAUAUAUAUGAUUGAAAAAUCAUACUUGAUCUGCUGUUAGUAUGAUUAGACAGCUACAGUUAGCACUCAGACACUCUUUUUGAGAACAUCAUUAGCAAUGAAGUGUCUGAAAACUGAUAUUUACAACUAUAAACUAACAUUUUGUGAUGUUCAUUUUGAUGGUAGAGGAUAAUAACUGAAAUUAUGUCAUUUUAAGUAGCUACUGACAUCUUUGAUAACUCAGCUAGCAUUUUACAGCAUAAGCUAUCAUGACAAUAUUAGCAUUUUAAAGGAACUGGCGUGACAUUUUAAGUUCCACUUAACACCAUGAAAGGAAUACAUUCCUAGCUAAUGUUAUUUUAGUCAUACAAAGUGUUUUCCUGCGAGCAUUCAGUUGUUUCAAAGCUAACAUCACCAAAGCAGUGAAAUGCUAAUAUUAGAAAGCAUUCAAUAGUUCACAAACAUAGCGUUAUCCAGCUAGCAUUCAACAGGUUAAGCUAACAGGAUAAUAUUAACAUUUGGAAGGAAGUGGCUGAAAGUUAUAAACAUUUUCUGAAGUUAUACGUCACAAUAAUAAAGGUAUAUAUAUUAUCAGCUAACAUAACUUUUGUUUUAUAACGUGCUAUCCAGCUAUGAUUCAGCAGUUGAAAAGCAAAAAUCACAGAAAAGCAGUGAGAUGCUAGCAUUUGCUUAUCAACCAAUACCUCACAAACAAAGCGCUAUAAAGCAAGCAUUUAACAUCUUAGCUUAAGCUGACAUGGUAACUUUAGUAUUAUUUUGAUUUAAAAAAAAAAAAGAUUAAGUUUCACUUCACAACAGGAAAGGGAUAUAUACUUUCAGCUUAAGUUAUUUUACUUGUACAAAGUGUUAUCCAGAUAGCCUUCAGCUGUUUUCAAGCUAACAUAAAGCAGUUAAAUGAUAGCAUUAACUAUCAUCAGAUGUUGUACAACCAUUGUCCGAUAAUGUAGUUGACUUCUUAGAUCAGUGUUGUAAAGCUAGCAUUCAACAUCUUACUCUAACAUGAUAAUAUCUGCUUUAGAAAGGAAGUUGCUGAAAGUUAUUAACAUCCAUCAGUUUUCAAGUUAAUAUACCUAAGAAGCAAUCUAUGCUAGCAAUAGCAGUAAUCCAAUAGUUCACAUAUAAUUGUGUUUUAUAAUUUACUUAUCAAAUAACAGUGUUACUUGGCUAGCAUUUAACAUCUCAUGUUAUAAUUGAUUAAGUUUCACUGUACAACAGAAAAAACAUAAUUUUAGCUGUACAAAGUGUUAUCCAGCUAGCAUUCAACAGCUUAAGCUAACAUGAUAAUGUUAGAAAUUAGAAAACCUGGCAGAACAUUUUAAGCUCUACAUUACACAAUAAAAGUUUUUCAGCCUCUGAAAUUUUAGUUUUACAGCCAGUUAGCAUUCAUCUGUUACCAAGCUAUCAUUGCUAAAAAAGCAUUUAAAUGCUAGCUUUUGCUAUCAUGGCAUUGAUCAGUUAGCAUUCAACAGCUUUAGUUAACAUGAUAAUAUUAACUUCAUUGCAAUACAAAUUUGUCAAGUUUAGUUUCACAACAUGAAAGGAACAUACAUUCUCAGCUAACAUAAUUUUAGUUGUGCAAAGUGCUGUCCAGCUAGCAUUCAGCCAUUUCCAAGCUAAUAGCUAAAAAGGAGUUAGAUGUUAAACCGCUAUCUUUGAUGAUCGUCUGAAAAAAGUUGAAAUUAUUAAGACUUAAUGAUACCCUUCAUUUAUGUCACUUACAACAGUAAACAUUAAACCAAUUUUGAGCUUUACAUCCUGAGUGUGAUAUCUAAGAAAACGGCGGCUGUGUGAAUAUGGGAAAUACAACUGCAAAAAAUAAAAGACAACAUGGGAAAAGAGAAUUUACACUCUGACAGGUACAAAUACAAGCAUAUAAAAUAUGUGACCGUUACCACUGCCAUGCUGUAAAAUGUUAUUUUCUACAAUAGCCUAUAAAGAAACCCACCCAUGCUUACCUUAUGCUUUACUGACUGUGUUCAUCUAGUGACGUAGGCUACUGCAGCACUUAGUGUGACAAGCAUGACUUUACAAAUUUGAUAUGAAGAUAUUUCAAACAUUCAUUUGAAGUCUUAAAGUACCUCUUCACCUGUGAAUAUAUUGUAUAAGCCGUGUAUAUUUACAGUGUAAAAAUAUGUCACAUUGUACGCUUAGAGCAAAGCAUUUUUGCACUGUGUAACUUCUACCACUUUACCGUAGCCAAAGUGACGUCACUUCCUGUGUGUUUCCUCCAGAACCGUGAUUGCACCAUCAGUUAUUUGCUCAUCCUCAGACAAAAUAAAAGA